AUGAAGGACACUUCACGAUUCCACGAAUUGCGCCAGGAACUCGCGACAAUGCUUAUCCCCAAGGACGACCGCAAGAAGAUCCACGAGUACCUCUUCCGUGAGGGUGUGCUCGUGGCCAAGAAGGACUUCAACCUUCCCAAGCACGGUGACAUUGACACCAAGAACCUCUAUGUCAUCAAGGCUAUGCAGUCCCUGAACUCCCGUGGCUUCGUCAAGACCCAGUUCUCGUGGCAGUACUACUACUACACCCUCACCCCCGAGGGUCUGGACUACCUCCGCGAGUGGCUCCACCUCCCCGCUGAGGUUGUCCCCGCCACCCACAUCAAGCAGCAGCGCUCCCACGCUCCCCCCGCGGCAUGA